UCAAAUCUCCGCCGGCUUACAAACGUAUUAGGCUUUCUUGUAGAGAUUUACACCUACGCGACGACCUACCCCUAAGUGUCUGACUUGAAACUGCCACCGCUCCCGCGCGCCAAGGGAGCAAACAUGCGCCGUCGCUUUUUCGCGUCUCCGAUGAUUUUCCCUCAUGGAAAAUGGGUUAGUAGUAGCUUAGCGACGCUCCUGUAGCGAGGCGUCGCGGCGUCGCGUCUCUUUCGGCACACACGACCAACGAUUCGCCGCCAAUAUUAUCCUCAAUCAUCUAAACAUCGAUACAUCACAGAAACAAUUUGUGCUACGAAGAAAAUUGCAUUUUGGGCGUGCGUGCGAACAAGAAUUGCCGAUCAUGUGUGGUGAAUCGAAGCAGGGCGCAUAAUUCGAUCACAUGAGCACCUGUUUCGUAAUACCAUGUGAGACAAGAAGAUACGUGGUGCGAAUAAUAAAAGUGAGCGAGUGUAGGUGAACGUUUUGUGUGAAAAUUUGCGAGAAAAGCGAUCAGAUUGAAACAUGUCUUUGGUACGCUGUUGCUUUGAGUCGGCCGACUUCUCGGAGGUGGUCGAGACGGUGAUGCAGAAAUGCACGGACGCUGGAUGUUGUUGUGGUUGCUGCAAUGCCUUACGGCCAAGGUAUAAACGGCUCGUGGAUAAUAUCUUCCCAGUUCUGCCUCAAGAUGGGUUGGUUAAAUCAAACAUGGAAAAGUUGACAUUUUAUUCCUUAAGUUCUCCUGAGAAAUUGGAUAGAAUUGGGGAGUAUUUAUAUCAGAAAGCUGCAAGGGAUAUAUACCGCAGACGUUAUGGAUUUGUUAUUAUUGCAAUGGAGGCAAUGGAUUUGCUGCUGUUGUCAUGCCAUGCACCACAAUUAAACUUAUUUGUUGAGAGCUUCCUUAAAAUGGUGCAGAAACUGUUGGAAUCGACUGAGCCAGAGUUACAGAUAUUAGCUACACAAUCAUUUGUAAAAUUCGCAAACAUAGAGGAAGACACGCCAUCCUAUCAUCGUAGAUAUGACUUCUUUGUCAGUAAAUUCUCCGCAAUGUGCCACAAUAAUGACGCGGACUUGCCUACACGGGAUAAAAUCCGCACCGCGGGAAUCAAAGGUUUGCAAGCCGUUGUACGGAAGACCGUAUCGGAUGAUUUAGUUGAGAAUAUUUGGGAGUCGGUGCAUAUGGAUAAGAUAGUUCCUAGUCUGCUAUACAAUAUGCAAAAUUCGCGUUUCCACGUCGAUGAAACCGGCGUGGAGUCGGCGCCUGAUGAUCAAGUGGAUCCGCCGAUGUUGGCGGAGACCUGCAUGCGUGAAUUGAUAGGCAGGGCUUCAUUUGGGCACAUUCGAGCUGUAUUACGACCAGUAUUAAGGCAUUUCGACUUACACGAUUUAUGGGUUCCAAACGAAUUUGCCAUUCAUACAUUUAGAAUCAUUAUAUUUUCAAUUCAAGCACAAUAUUCAUACACCGUCGUAGAAAUGAUGAUGUCGCACCUGGACGAGAACUCAAAAGAAAAGCCGAAAAUUCGAACAAGCAUCGUGGAUGUCCUUUCGAAAAUCAUUGCCAUUGCAGCUGGAGAAAGCGUGGGCCCUUCUGUGCUUGAAAUCAUCAACUCAUUACUCUCUCACUUGAAAGAUUCAGUAAGACACGGCACAAGUCAAAACGAAGAGAAACAAUACCAAGAUGCAUUGAUAAAUGCCCUGGGAGAGUUUGCAAAUCAUCUUCCUGACUAUCAAAAGAUUGAAAUAAUGAUGUUCAUUAUGAGUAAAAUUCCUUAUCCACUAGUGGAUAGCCAUACGCUUGCGGACAACAUGUUGCAGAGUAUCCUAUUGAAGAGUUUACUCAAGGUCGGUACCAAGUAUCAAACGAUUCAUUUGAAUACCACGUUCCCGAUUUCCUUUCUGGAGCCUCUAUUGAGAAUGUCGCUUGCGCCUGAUCCGGACAUGCGUGUAUUGGUGCAGAAGAUUUUGCACACGCUCAUCGAUCGUCAUCACAACCUCGAGAAACUCACGAAGGCGACGGUCAACGUGGACGAGUUGGAGUUGACUUUGGAGAAAUCCUCACGACCGGAUUUGAUUUUCAUCAAUAAACACGGUCCGAUCAUCUACGACGCGUUGUAUACUAGUUUGCAGAUCGAUUCGAAUACUGCCGAUAAUAUUCAAGCGGUUUACACGACUCUAGCACUUUUGUGCGUGGAGCUAGCUAGCGAAGAAACUGUCAUUGAACUAUUACAAUUAUUGGUCGGAAUUCAAAGUCUGGCGUUAAGUAAUCAAAACUUCAGCCAAGCGCAACGGUACAACCUGCACGCGAUUGUUAUCAGCCUGCUGGUAUUGAUUCCGAGUGUGGUUGCGAUACCGCAACUCUUGGAGUACGCCAACAAGCUGGUGCGAGCGCGAAGAAAAGAAGCACCGUAUAUUCUACCUGAUUUGCGCGAUACUUAUAUUACUGGUGCUAUGGUUAAUAAAUUUCCUCAUUUAUUAGUUGACCAGAUGGCUGUGUGUGAAUAUGUAGCUGCGAGUGGUCUAGACGUGACGAGACUGCAAUCGACAUCGCCGUAUGGUUCUGGCGGGCCCGGAAUUGUUGCUAGUGCCCAACGACAUAGUUGGGUGGAAACUGGCGCAAGGGGGAGUGUGGCUGAAAUUGUUUCCAAUACCGAAGUGAACAGCGCGUCAAGUUCUCCUGGCUUACAAAGGAAAAUGCCGGAAGAAGAGUUGACCUUCGAAAGUAUGAAACAUGUUUUGAGCGAACCGCCAGAAGUUCGAAAAGAAGCAGAAAAUGAAAAACGUGAACAGAUCAGCAAUACAUUCAGAACGGCGACGUUUACUGAAUUAACUAAGCGCACACAACCCAAGCAUGAUGUGCUCCACAACAAGUUAAACGAAAUAUUCAAGUCAAUUUCCAGCUCAGAGGAAAACGGCCCAAUCAAAACUGAAGAUACUAAAACAGUACCGGUGUACGAGCAAAACUUUCCCGAAUUGUUUAUUCAUUAAAAAUGUUGCAAGCCAUUUCUAGAUUAUGUUUAGGUAGCAUUUUGACUUACAAUUACGAAGCGUUAUUAUUUUUGAUACACGAAAUAUUUGGAUAGCUUUUUAUCCGGUUAGCGUACAAUCAUACAAACAUGAUAGGUGAUUGAUUUGAUAUUUUUUUGUUUAUGAUUAUGCACAUUGCGCACUCUUAUGAGUAUUUAUGUUUUUCUAAUAUUUAUAUUAUUUUUUAUUGACUAAAGAAAUCCAGAAAUGGGACAAUAAUUCAUACUUACAUCCACAUGAAACAAAGUUUCUGGUAUGAUAAAUGUUAUUAUUAUAAAUGAAAACUGCACACAAUAAUUAACAUGUACUAUACACUGUGUUCGAACGCAUUAAUCGAAGGUCAUUUUCAGAAUCAUCGAAAGGGAUUACUCAAACUACAUUUUGCUGUUACAUAUAUAUAAUAACAUAUUGUACAAAUGAUUGCUCAAUCAUUUGUAUUCUCAUUGCGUGUAAAUGAUACCCGUUCGAGAUUCGACAUUGAUGUUGGUAUAUACUUUAUGUAGAAAAGUCUAUCCUUGUUAAUACCUGUAAAUUUUAUCGUAUACAUGAGCGACGAGCGUUCGGUGAUAAAGGUGAUUCAAAUGAUUCAAAUAAUUAAAUGUAAAUAACCGUUGACAUGUACAAAUCGGACAUAAACGAGAAAAUAAUAA